UUAUGUAUCCGUUAAACGAUUUAGAUUUAGGCACUCAAAUGAAUAUGUGCGUUCGAUAAAAUGAUGAAGAGAGCGGUUCGCUCAUCGAGUAUGAAAUAAAAGUAAGUCAGUCGAAGUCCAUCAGUGAGUCGAGACAGUCAAGCUAAUUCCAAGUGGUUUUAAUAUAACGUGAAAGAAGUGUUUGAAGUAAGGAAGUUUCCUCCGCAGAAGUGUAGUGUCCGCCUUGUAGGUUGAAGUCCACUUUGAGCAGUAUAUGCAGAUUUAUCAACUGGCGACGAGGUAAACGAGCUCAGACAGGAAUUAAUUUCUAGAGUGAGUAAACCCUCUUUUUUCAUCGGUACGCCAUUGGUCUACGGCGACAUCAAUACUCAAUAGAAUAUUCAAUUACCUUCAGUAGCAAGUGAGGUCAGCGUGUGUGAUAAUUAGGAUCGUGAGUUCCGAAGAUACCAAACGAGUGGUUAGCCAGCCUCGGUUCGAGAAUCUCUGUGAUAACUAGGAAGAACGUAAAGAGUGCGUUACGUGGAAGAGGACAUCGGGAUCGAGCAAGAUCUCCAGAGAGUGAGUUCAUCGAGUCAAGCGCAGACAGACGAUCGGCAGCCCGUGGCAGUAGCGUACUGGGAUCAAGCAUUGCAUGAGCUGAUCAGGCUAGUUGCUGGAAGCGGAGAGUGAGCAGGUGGUUGAGAGUGCAUGACGACAGCGAGAGAGCGAGAAGUUCAACGUUGCAUGAGCAGUGAGCAGUGAGGAUUUUCAACUCGCGCAGCAGCAUACCUAGUGAGAUAGUACGGUGAGCGAAGGAUUGUAGCUGAAUUCCUGUAAGUAAGAAAGACCUUUUCUUUUCCGUUAUAGGAAUAAAAUAUUAAAAUGUCGAAUUCUGGGCUCAUUGGUUCCAUCGAUCACUACCAACCUGGCCGAUCCUUUACCAACUACGUUGAGCGAUUUGAGAUUCUCUGUCGUAUUAACAAGGUGAAAGAUGAAGAAAAAUCAUCCUGGUUCAUGUCCUUAGGUGGUGACGAGUUAUUCGAUGAAAUCAAGUUACUCUUUCCUAAGCAAGACGUGAGCACCCUAUCUUAUGAGGAUAUUGUUAAAAAACUUAAAGCUCGCUUUGACAAAACGGAACCUGCAUUAAUGUACCGUUAUAAAUUUGCAAAUAGGUUCCAGGGACUAAAUGAGUCUACAGAAAAUUUUGUGUUGGCAAUCAAUUUAUUGGCAGAAAAUUGCAAUUUUAAAGAGUUCAAAAAUGAGGCGAUAAGAGACAGAUUGAUUUUUGGGUUGAAGGAUAAGGACUUACAAAAAAAAUUGCUUUCGGAGGAUGAUAUCGAACUGAAGGAGGUUGAAAAGUUAAUAAUAAGUAGUGAACUAGCAGGCCAGCGUUUCAAAGAAGUUGAAAGUACUAACCCUGGUGCAGGUGUUAUGUCUGUUAAAUAUCGGUUAGGCAGAAAGAAAGACGAUGAUUACAACCAACAGCAAGCUGGAUAUUCAGGCCGAUAUCGUUCAAGAAGCAGGAGUUUUGAUCGCGGACAGGGUAGGAAUAAUGGAUUUACCAGGCAGAAUAGCAGUCGGGAGCGUGAUAAUAGCCGCGACAGAUAUGAUCGCAAUACGCACAGUAACGCAGUUUGUAACUAUUGCAAGCGUAGGGGACAUAUAAGGCGGAAUUGUUACAUAUUGCAAAAUAGAAGCGCUGUAAAGUUUGUUGAUGAGGUACAGGUUGUAGAAUCACAGCAAGUCAGCAAAUUCGAUCGUUUGAAGCUACGUGAUUCUAGUGCGGAGUCAGAUAUCAGUUGCAUGCAAAUUUCGUGCGUGAAUAGCAUUACUGAACCAUGUUUAGUGGAGGUAGUAAUUGAAAACAUUAAACUCACUAUGGAAAUCGACACUGGCUCAGCUGUAGCAGUGUUGAGUGAGAACCUCUACAGAAAAUAUUUUAAACACAUUCCUAUUUUGACUUGUACAAAGAAGUUAGUUGUGGUAGAUGGUGCUAAGCUUUCAGUAGUGGGACAGAUUUCUGUAAGAGUGUGCAUUAACGACCUUGAAAUCAAAAGCACAAUGAUAGUGUUGAAAAGUGAGAGGGAUUUUAUUCCGCUGCUUGGAAGGGACUGGAUGGAGGCUGUUGCAAGUGUCCCGACUAGGUAG